AUGGCCACCCCUCAGGAUACUCAGGGUACUCUCAAGAUUGAGAACACCGACAAGCGUGACACCCUCAUUGCUACCGAAAAGAAGUACCAGCAACAGUGGAAGCAAGACGGUGUAUUCCAAUCGAACGCUCCUUCGCUUCAAGAUGUUCCCUUCCACUCUAUCACCCCCGCCGAGCUUCGCGAGCAACAACCCAAGUUUAACGGCAUCUUGCACGCAGGUCACGCAUUCACCGCUUCCAAGGUCGAGUUCGCUACUGGAUGGGCACGUAUGGAGGGCAAGAGAGCCUUGUUCCCCCAAGGAUACCACUGUACCGGCAUGCCCAUCAAGUCUUGCGCUGACAAGCUCGCACGCGAAAUGGAAAUGUUCGGCAAGAACUUCGAAAACUACAAAGAGGAGGACGCCGAGGAAGAUGCCGUGCCCGCUCCUACCCAAGAGACUACCAAGGCCGACAUCACAAAGUUCAGCGCAAAGAAGAGCAAGGCCGCAGCCAAGGCUGUUUCGAUGAAGUACCAAUUCCAGAUCAUGGGUGCCCUCGGCCUUCAAAAGGAGGAGAUCCACAAAUUCGCUGACCCAAACCACUGGCUCGAUCACUUCCCUGCUCUCUGCGAGCGCGAUCUCACAAACAUUGGUGCCAGAGUCGACUGGAGAAGAAGUAUGGUUACAACCGACAGGAACCCUUACUAUGACGCUUUCGUUCGCUGGCAAAUGAACCGCCUGAAGGAGUUGGGCAAGAUCAAGUUUGGCAAGCGUUACACUGUCUAUUCGCCUAAGGAUAAACAAGCAUGUAUGGACCACGACAGAAGUUCCGGUGAGGGUGUUGGCGUUCAAGAGUACACUGCUCUGAAGCUUAAGGUCCAGGAAUGGGCCGAGCCCGCACAGAAGAUCCUCGCUGGCAAGCUCCCCGAGAACGCCAACGUCUACUUUGUCCCUGCUACCCUUCGACCUGAGACUAUGUAUGGGCAGACCUGCUGCUUUGUGUCUCCCAAGAUCGAAUACGGCAUCUAUAAGGUCUCUGAGACUGAGUACUACUUUGUCACAGAAAGAGCUGCUCGUAACAUGGCCUUCCAGGGCAUCUUCCCUGAAUGGGGAGUUUUCCCUAAGGUCGCCGAUUUGCAGGGUUCUGACGUUAUCGGUACUCUCAUCAAUGCUCCUCUGUCAGUGUACGAGAACGUCCGCAUUCUGCCCAUGGAGACCGUCAAGGCGUCAAAGGGUACCGGCGUUGUAACUUGUGUUCCCUCUGACUCGCCUGACGACUACAUCACCAUCCAAGAUCUGGUCAAGAAGGCUGACUACUAUAAAAUCAAGAAAGAGUGGGCUGACCUUGAACCUCUUCCCAUAAUUGAGACCCCCACUUAUGGAAAUCUGACUGCCAAGAAGUUGUGCGAGGACAUGAAGAUCGCCUCACCCAAGGAUACCAAGCAGCUUGCUGAGGCCAAGGACCUUGCUUACAAGGAGGGCUUCUACAAGGGUACCAUGUGCUACGGUGAGCACAAGGGCAAGUCUGUCGAGGAGGCCAAGCCUCUGGUUAGACAGACCCUCAUUGACGCCGGCAACGCCUUCAACUACGCUGAACCCGAUGGCGAGGUCAUGUCUCGUUCUGGUGACUCGUGUGUUGCUGGACAUCUGGAUCAGUGGUACUUGAACUACGGCAAGAAUGGCGAUGAAGCCUGGCAACAGGAGGUUCUUGGCCACGUCAACGGCGAGCUUAACACCUUCUCCACUGAGGCCAAGAACGCCUUCCAACAAACUCUUGACUGGCUGGGUCAGUGGGCUUGCGCUCGUUCUUACGGUCUUGGCUCCAAGCUUCCUUGGGAUCAACAAUUCUUGGUGGAGUCCCUCAGUGACUCAACUGUAUACAUGGCUUACUACACCAUUAGUCAUUACCUCCAUGGUGACAUCUACGGAGAAACACAAGGUAUUGGUAAGGUCUCUGCUGCACAGAUGACUGAUGAGGUAUGGGAUUACGUAUUCUGCAGACGCGAAGACGUCGAGAGCGACAUCCCUAAGGAAACUCUCGAGGCCAUGCGCAGAGAGUUCGAGUACUGGUACCCCCUGGAUAUCCGUGUUUCUGGUAAGGAUCUCAUCCAGAACCAUUUGACCUUCUUCCUCUACAUUCACGUCGCUCUAUUUCCCCGCGAGUACUGGCCUCGUGCUAUUCGUGCCAACGGCCAUCUGCUCCUGAACGGCGAGAAGAUGAGCAAGAGUACCGGUAACUUCCUUACCCUGUACGAUGCGACCAAGAAGUUCGGUGCAGAUGCCACCCGUGUGUCUCUUGCCGAUGCUGGAGACUCAAUUGAGGAUGCCAACUUCGAGGAGACCGUCGCCAAUGCCAUCAUUCUCAAGCUCUUUGAGUUGAGGAAGUGGUGUGAGGAGACUGUUCAGGGAGCUCGCAUCCUCAAGGACGGCGAAAACUACCUCGAGGUUAACAAGAACGAGCGUCUCAAGAACAACGACUGCGUCCAGCGCACUGGCGAGAGAUCCUUCUGGGAUGACAUUUUCGAGAACGAGCUCAAUGGCUUGGUCCGUGAGACAAGAGAGCACUACUCUGCCACUAACUACAAGUCUGCUCUCAAGUCCGGUUUCUACGACUUCACCAGCGCCCGUGACUUUUACCGUGAGAUCACCAAGUCUUCAGGUAUCGGUAUGCACCAGGACCUUGUCCGCAAGUACGUCGAGCUGCAAGCCCUGAUGAUCACCGUCGUUGCACCCCACUGGGCAGAAUAUAUUUGGCUCGAGGUCCUUGGAAAGUCCAGCACUGUCCAGAACGAGCUCUUCCCUCAAGUUCCCGCCACCAAGCCCGAGCUUACUGCCGCUCGUGAGUACGUCCGCCAAACUAGCGGUAACAUCACUUCUGCAGAGGGCGCUCAGUUGAAGCGUAUGACCAAGGGCAAGGCCACCAACUACGACCCCAAGCAGCCCAAGAAGUUGACCAUCUUCAUGGCAACUGAGUACCCCACUUGGCAAUCCAAGGUCAUCGACUUGGUCCGCGAGGCCUUUGAUGGCUUGACCAUCGAUAUGAAGGCAAUCAGCAAGAAGGUCGACAAGGCCGACAGCAAGAAGGCCAUGCCUUUCAUCCAAACCCUCAAGAAGAGCCUCGAGGGUGGCAUUGACUCGAACACUGUCUUCGAGCGCAAGCUUGCCUACAACGAGGUUGAUGUGCUCGCCCAGAUGGUCCCUGGCUUGAUGAGCACAGUGCAAAGAUGUGUUUGCGUCGAAGUCAUUUCGGUCGAGCAAGGUGGUAAGGCCGGCAAGGUUGUUGCCAGCAUGGGUGAAGCUGCCGCUGCCAAGGGUACUGAGUUGCCCGAGUUGCCGCCUCAGGCUGAGAAUGCCGUCCCUGCAAACCCUACCUUCUUCUUCUCGAACAUUUAG